AUGGUCUGCAGCAAGACCGAAGACGAAGCACAAGAGAUCUUCCGUCGUAUCCGAGUAUCAGGUGACCCCCUCAGGGUCCUCGAGUCUAUUAGACAGGCCGAGAUUUUGUUACCCUCCCCGGAAUCGAACGAGCGGGUCAACGACUCAAGGUUAGCCAAGCUCAAUGAAAAGGCAAUGGAAAGUAGUCUGAUCCGCGUUCCCGCGAAACCUUGGACAGCCAUCGCAGACGACGGGCUUGUAUCUGAGCUCAUUACCGAUUUCUUUACUUGGGAGAACGCAAGCACUUUCCCAGCUAUCGACCGCGACCUUUUCCUCCAGGAUAUGAGAGCUGGCAGCGUCAAACGGGCCAAGUGGUGCUCUCCUAUCCUUGUCAAUGCCAUUUGUGCCCUGAGGAGUCCAUUCGUCAGUCGUGCCAAGCAAUUUGGUUCCAUCACCGGCCAAGACCUGUCAAAGAGGUUCAGAGACGAGGUGAUGCAACUAGUCGAGAAAAGUCAAGGCCGCGCAUCGAUUCCCACUGUCGUCGCACUCGUAAUCAUGGAUUUGUCGGCCAGUAUCGCCGGCGAUGAGUCCCGUGCAAAGAUGUACCGCUACAUGGCGUGGGAACGGUAUAAGCGCUUGAAGUCCGAAAAGAAGUUUUAUCUGCUGAAAGACACUAACCCUCAAGAUGCAAAAGAAAAGCUAGCCAUCUCAACAGCAGUAUGGGCGAUUUUCCUUAUUGAAAGUCGCAUUUCAUAUUUCUACUUCCAGACUUCCAAUAUUCCUCCACCAUCCAUACCGAUGUUGUUUGACAACCAAGGGCAGGAUGCAGUUGGCAUUAAAGACAACUUAGAUGUCCUCGGACGUCCCUUUCAUGAGUCAGCAGCUGGGAUCCCAAUUGUCCCAGGGAUAGCAACAGUCAGUUGCAAUCUCGCAUGUUUACAAUACGAAAUUAUGCAAUACCUCACUUCAGGGACUACUAUCAGAGGUAGUACAGAAGACUGCAAGCAAAGGAAAACUUUGUAUUGCAAGCUCCAACAGUUCAGGGCGGAUCUUCCCAAAAGGUUCCGACUAGAACACAAUUUUGUUCCUUCGACUUGUUUUUUGAGAAUGCACGAGAACGAAAUCGCAUACGUCCUUCUUCAAUCUCUGCAUCCAUCGACGAUAUUCGCCACCCCUUUCACCGAUACCACUACAACAGUAAAAUCCCUUAUACUCCAACACUGCAUGUCAGACACAUCCCUCGCCGAGUCUUACUUGCAGAGGUACACCGUCAGCUCCUAUCUCACUCGUCAGCUUUUCGUAACUUUGCAACAUCUCAUACCUUUUUUGAAUGACGGACACGCCGCCACACACCAUCUCUUCACUCAUCUUUGCAUGAUGAGUGGCAUCUCCGCCCGUGUUGUCAAGAUGUCAGUCUACCUGAUACAGGCGGUACAGGCCAUGGCAUGGGCAAUGAAGCAAGAUAUCCCCGAAGAGGCGAAGCCGUACCUCGAACCCUGGGUGAAAUUGGCUAUUGAAGAGAACGAGACGAAACCGCCUAGUUAUGCGGUACCGGAUAGGGAAGAGAUCAAAACCCUGCUGGCAGAAGACGAUGAGGGUGUUGUUGGGCCGAGCGAAAACAGCGGGGCGGAGCUUUGGGCUCUGGUUGAGAAGUGGGCCGUGAGCGGCGGCAGCGACCCGUACCGAAACUUGUUAUGA